UACUUUGAUUUAAAGUCGCAAACAAGAAAAUGUAGUUGUCAUCAAAGUGAGUACUUGGAUCGCAGCAGAUGUCGAUGGAGCGGGCCAAGCGACAGAGGGCUUCAUAGGAUGAUAAUAUCAACACAGACCUGUACCGAGCGAAUGGCCUCACAAGCCAUCGAUCAGGAGGACACACAAACGUAUUGCCUACUCGUUCUGAACACAGACUUUUAGUCGCAAAAGCUCGAAAUGGAGGGAACUAUCGGGACAACAGGCCAUGGUACCGUGGUUACUCGGCAUUCAACUGACCCAUAUUACUAUUCCCUCCUGCAGGCUUGGGGCAAUCCCUUCAAUUCUUUAUCCUCUCCGCCUCUGCUUAAUCAGUCGGCACCUGCAGCUCAAGCAUGAGACUUUCAUUACGGUCAUGCUCCUCUCUUCAUAUCGGACAAACUUUGGAGGGAGGUUGAUGACAGGCUUCCAAUGUCCAAAGGCAUUUUCAUUCCUUCGUGUGACCUACCGGCAAGCAGCUUUAUCGCCUACCCCGCGAUAUGCCAGCCGGUUAAAUGCUGCAAAUAACGAAAGCUCUACGUCCUCCAAGCCCGUCAAAGUGAAACCAGUUCAGCGUGCAGCCUUCCCUCCUGCAACCUUCAUUGGGAACAAGUUCAGCAUUGGUAGCUUUCGAUCAUCGCUAUUGAGCUUUGUCCUGCAUCGUGUCCCACGGCAGCCUUCCCACUACAAGCCACCGUUCUUACCAGACCUAAUCACAAGAAGCGCAUUUAAGGACAAAUGGCUCGAUCCCCUGAGAUUCGCGGAGGCGCGUUAUGGCACCCAGCUCUUCGGUCCGACACAGCUCGACGAAGUGUCCUUGCCGGAAGGCCUCGUCCCCAGCGCAUCUUCAGAAUAUGACAAUAUUCGUUUCGGCGUUCCUGUCAGUUUGCUGACCGAUGCGAACGCGCGCUCUGCUCUGCUCGCCGCACAAGAGGCUGCUCUGCGCGAGGCUGAGCAGCGGGUGCUGCGCGUCCUCGUUGUCGCCGGUAAAAAACGCGUGCACAAAGCCGCCGUGGUGCGCAACCAAUGCAGGACACGGACCAUAUUUGCACUCGAGCAUGUCCUCGCUGGUCGACGCGUUGGGCAGUUUGAAAUUCAGCCCAACACCUCCCUGCGCAGCGCCAUCAGCCAGUGGGCCAAAGAUGGACAUGUCCUUACUGUACACCUCACGUUACAGUGCGCUACUGCUCCAAUGGAUGAGCUCAUCAAAGUUAUCCUUACGGGUGUUGAAAGGCUCUGUACACGCAACGCGCAACGGUCCACGAUGCAGAGAGGUAGCCGUCAAACCCGAAAGAAAACAAUACGAUCAUGAUCGUAGUGUAAUUAGGCACGUCAGUUGCAAUAGCCCAUGGACCACUGCAAAGUAUGCAAUACAAGAUCUUUCUCGCAA